ACAAACCAUCGGUUUCUAUGACAACAAGAACAGAAAACACCAACGCGUCGGGCAGCGGCACAAAGGGGCCGGUGACAUCCGAGAGCCCGAGCGGCGGGGGGGUCCCUGGAUGGGGCAUCGCUCUGCUGGUUCUGGCUGCGGUGGCGCUGCUGUUGCUGCUUGUGUUGCUGGCAGCACUGCUGCUGUGGUGCUGCUGCUGCAGGCGCAGCUCCUACGAGCACUCCAGCCUCCGGGACCACAUCCCUCUGUACAGCACCCAGAGUCGCUUCCAAGGACCCAACGGGAGGCCAUACGAGCCCAUGGAGAAACCAAUGAAGACCCGCACGGGGACGUACACGGUCAACCCAUAGAGACAACACCUAACGAACGGCUGCACAUUCAACACACAUCACGGAACUCACAAGUUCCUCAUCAGCUACUAUUUAUUAUCGAUAAAGCGCAUGUUCUAAUUAGUAAGUGUAGUUAUCAUGGGGUUCGCUUCCUGUCUCACUCCACACAAAUCAUUCAUCUCACAGAAACAGAACAGGUUCAACCUUCAACCAGUGACAAACAGGUUGGAACAGAAACCUGCUGUUUCAUGUCUGGAUUUGGUUUGUUACUGACCAUGUUCUCUUAUUUCACAUUGUUUUAAAAGAACAUUUCAUUCUUAUUAUUUUUUUCCCCACACACAACCGAUACAAAUCAUGUGGGACAUACCAUCAUACGAUCAGAACAUGUUGCCUGGCGCCGGGUCCACUUCCCCCCGAGGAGUCUGUUCAGUCAAAACGGACUCAGAGGGACGUCAGUUCCACGGGGGAACAGCUUCCAGGCGAGCGAUUGCUGACCUGAUGCUGCUCUGCUACUGAUCAGCUGAUCACGAUACUGUACUUCUGAGAACGGCGCCAACGACCGUCCCUCUGGUGGAUCAGGACCUGCAUCCAUCGCCUCCCUCAUAUGGACAGUUCAUUUGUUGGUGCUGUGAUGUGAAGAAUGCCUUCAUUAGUCCCACAGCGGGGACAUUGCACCUGACAACAGCAACAGGACAGAAAGCAGAGAGAAACCAUACAAACACACAUCCUUAAACAGAGCAUGUAGUUAGUUAACAGUUCUAAUUGUAGAUUCUGACAGCAGCAGAUAAUCCAUGUGUCACACUCAUGACUUGUCAUCAUCAAUCCUGGUUUAAGUAAUAAAGUUUAAUACAGCUUAAUGGCUCAUUUGUAA